GGACGGGGAGGCUGUGCCUCCACUGCCUCUUAUAUGACCAAAAUUGAGGCCCGACCCCAAGUCUCGGCCACCUUCUGACACGAUUCCAUUCCCGAAUUACAGACAACAACAAGAACAACAACAAUAACAAGCCUUUGCUUCAUCCACCAUACUGAAUUUAUUCCCCGAACUCUUGGACCCAAAACACCAUGUUCAAACUCGGCGAAGACAGCGCGAUGUUGGGAUUUUAUAUUUCUUUUGAGCCGAGGAGGCUGUAUCUUGAAUUCCGCACAGAUACACAAGCGGAGGAAUACCUAAAGCAAAUCAAGCAGCGGUCGGUUUACAAAGCCAACUCGUUGGAUGGCGAGCAACAAGGCAGAGUCUGUUCCUUGCGGCUCCCCUCGAGGAUUGUCAGCGCGAGCGUCUGGGGCUCCGAGAUCUACCUCACUUUCAACGACAAGACGUUCGCCAGUGACUGGGUAAACGGACUACUGGUCUGGGUAUUCAGAAAGAACCAGGAUGGAACAAAGAGCGAGACGGAUGUCUGCCUCUACAGCGCCGCUACCACUAAGCAGCUCAACAAGGCGUUGGGGAUCUCGGAACACGGGAGGGCACGGCCAACGACAAAUAACAACAGAGGUGUCCCUCACAGGGUGCCUGAAUCUGCCAUUACAUCAGCGCCUGGUACAUAAAACGAGGAGUAGGGAGUGUUGUUUGGGGUUUCGAUUUCUGGGGUCAGUAUGAACCGGGCAGCAUAAGUUAUAUCACGAUGAACGACAGCAUGGACGAGAGGAGGGUUAACAGUUGUAACUUUGUUUUUCGAAUAUUUGCCUAGAAUACAGUCAUAUUUCUAUCCAGUUCUAACAGCACAUUAUAAACUCCGUUAACUUACAGUAGCCGCACAAA